AGGAAGAUAUGGUACAAAUUCUGAAAUAAUACCUUAUUUUUUGAGCAUUCCCAACCCAAAUCAGAUAACCAGAUAAGGUUAUAUAAUAUACCAAAGUUCUUCCCCCAAUUUCUACCAUCAACGGUAAAUGACAGGAGGAAAAUACGGCUCACGUGUUCGGGGCCAGAAGAAUUUUCGAAGCCAAAAACGCCGACUGCAUUUUCCGCCCUUUUCCCCUUUCAUUUUGGUGCAUACUUUGAGGCAUUUGACAAAAACUCCGAUGAGCUGGGACGACCAGUUCCAUGGAUGCCGUUGCCUUCUUGAUGAGCCGCAAUCCGGGCCACUUAAGUGGCAUGGAAAAAGCGAUGGAAAGGCGGAGAGAGUGAAAGGUUCAGAAUUGGAAAACCGGAGCAAGCUGCAAGUCAAGCCAGCAAAUGUUGCAAUGUUGAUGACCGCCUUUGGUUUUUCCGGGAAAGGGUGGCAGUGGGGGAAUGUGGGGGCUUGGAGCCGACCAUUAAUGGCCACAUGCAUAAAAACCUGCAGCCAACGAAAACCCAAAGAGGACACAGCUCAAAGGGAAAACCGGAGAGGUGGCUCCGGUGGCUUGGUAAAUUCAUGAAAAUCGAACAGGACGGAAAAUCCAUCCACUGCUUCUCUCCCAGGACCUUUGGCCAAAAGUCAUGAGUCUCAAGCUCCGAAAUGCAAAGUAAAUUAAAUUUAACUACCAAACAAUACCAAUUCUAUGCUGCUGGCAAAUUUCAAGUAGUGAAAACCAGUCGGCAUAAAUAAUAAAAAAAUAACUUAUUUAGACAACAAUAA